AUGGCAGUAAGGAAGAUCGUCUUGCUGCCCUGUGCAGAAACAGAGCUGCAAGCAAAGGGCAUCUGCACCGGCUGGGCCCAAGAUGGGCUGAGCUCCAGAGGGAAGGAGCAGGCCGAGCAGGCCGGCAAGCUCCUGACGGAUGCUGGCUUCAGCUUCGAUGCCCUCUUCACUUCGGUUCAGAAACAGGCCGUUUGCACUGGAUGGCUGGCGCUAAUGCAAGGCGAUCGCGUGGCCUUGCCGCAUAUCCAGAACUUCCGACUGAACGAUCGGCACUGGGGAGUGUACCAGGGCAAGGCCAAGCCUUCAGCGGAAGAGGAUCCCAAGGAGGCCGCUCCUCCGGCAGUGGGCAUCUCGGAUGCCGCGCAUCCCUCCAACGAUCCCUUGUACAGGGGUGUGCCCGCCAGCGCACGACCCGGCUCCGAGUCGAUGAAGAUGGUGGUUGACCGAACCCGUCCAUUUUGGCACGAUGCCAUCGCGCCCUUUCUGCUGAGUGGCAAGACGCCGCUGGUGGUGGCGCAUGAAGGGUCCGUUAGAGCCAUCUGUCAGGGGCUUGAAGAUGACACGGAUGCAGAGGCACUUGAAUACGAAAUCCAGCCUGGGGUGCCUCUCGUAGUCGAGCUUGACGAGGAGCUGGAGUAUCGAAAGCGGACAGCUCUGCUGGCAAGUGGUGUCGCAAAAGCAAGGAGAUUCAGCCUAGCGCCUGCGGCAGGUCCCGCCCUCCGGCAGGGACCCACUCCCAAGCCCAAGGCUAAAGCCAAGGUGGCGGAACCUGCAAAGCCGAAGGAGGACUACACAGUGGAAGUUACGGUGCAAGGGGCCAAGGGGCUUCGUGAUGCAGAUUGGUUCACGGGCACAUCUGACCCAUAUGUGAAGUGCACCGUCUCGGGCAAGGGCAGCGGGGAGUUCCGCACGCCGACGCUGUCGAACAUCCGAGCAGAGGUCAUCAAGUGGAACCAUCUGGAGAAGAUCCAGCUCAAGCACGGAGACUCGUUAGACUUUACCGUUUACGACGAGGACACGGGGAAGUCUGACGACUUCCUCGGCACAUGCACGUUGCGUUUUGACGACAUCCUGCAGGACUUCAGUGGCACCCUGAAGCUGGUGGACGAGAAGGGCAAGGCCAUGCCUGGCAAGACCAAGAAAGGUGCAUUCCUCACGGUGGCCGUGAAAGAAAUGGAUUGA